AGAAUUUAGUCUGUCGCUGCAGUUGCAUGCAGAACUAGUAUUAAACAUGAACACGGCAGCAAAGUUUUUAAUUCUGCUAGUUGUUGUAUUAUUUUCUGCGGACAACGUAAUCACAAAAGUCUAUGACCCAUGUGAUCUUGCCAAAGAAAUGGUGGAAAAGCAUCGGUUUACGAAAACCGAUAUUGCCGAUUGGAUAUGUCUAAUUCGUUGGGAAUCUAAUUUCAAUACGAGCGAAAUUGGCAGAUUAAACGCGGAUUCGUCCAUGGACCAUGGCUUAUUUCAAAUUAGUGACAAAUAUUGGUGUGUCGAAGGUCAAGUUGAUGGAGCGUGUGGAAUUGAUUGCAAAGCCCUUCGCGAUGACGACAUAAAGGACGAUUCCAUUUGUGUCCGAAGGAUAUUUAGGUUAACGAAACAGAGGACAGGGAAUGGUUUCGAUGCAUGGGCGGCCUGGAAGCAAAGAUGCCAAAAUCAGAACGUGCAAUCUUAUAUUGCGCACUGUAAAUGACAACACAACCAAGCGUCUCGGGCAAUUUUUUUAGAACAUAUUGAUACCGAAAUAUUAAACUAUGCAUAUAAUAAAUUAUAUUAUUGUUAACUACUCACCAAGAGAAAGUAAAAGGUUGUGAAGUAGAGAAAGUUGAGACUUCAUCAAUGAACAAUUUCAUGA